AUGUCCUUUAACAAUGCUCAACGCCGCCCUGUUGUGGUGUUCAAAAAUCAAGGCUUUCGCAACGCCAUCGUGUACUCAAGGUACCUUCGCUGCUUUCGUGAUCGUCCCAUUUAUCCAUCCUUUACCAUCUCUCCUUCAGCCUUCUCCAAAUAUGACAUGGACAUUCCAUCCCUGGUUGCUGGACUAGGGUGGGAAUCAUUGAUUGAAGAUCAACGGGUUCUUCAUUGUCCUGAAGCAGUGAGGCUUUUCUACGUGAAUAUCCGUCGUGAUCGUGGACCUGAGCCACAAUCCUUCACCACCAUGGUCUGUGACCAUGAAAUCACUGUCACUCCUACCUUACUCGCUUCGGUUCUCUCUCUACCUCACUCUGGGAUUCACGCCUGCUACGAGAGUGACUUUGUUGAACAUGGGUUCGACUUCUGUGCUGCUCUUGACCGACUGACCAGGGACAUUGGCAAGGCCUUCCCCAAUCGACUCUCAGCUGGUCGACUUCCUGACGACCUAAAGGUCCUUCAUUUCUUCAUUACUCGAUGCUUCCUUCCCAGAGAUGUUGAUAGUGCUGGUCUUCUCCACUCUAAUGAUCUCUGGAUUCUAAGUAAUGCUUGUGCCCGUCAACCAAUCAAUUAUGCAUCAUUGAUGUUCGCUCACAUACUCAAGUUUGGUGGUGGCGGUUACAGUGGUGCUCUACCCUUUGGACCCCUCAUCACUCGCUAUUUGCAUCGCAUAGGUAUAGAUCUCCGGGAUAAGGUGGCUGUUUGCAACAUCCAUGAUGACUUGCGCCCCAAUCAUGUUCUUGUUCGACUUGAUGCCAACGUGGGCCGCCGUAAGCUCGUCACUGGCUAA